AUGCUUGAACUGGCCUUGCCUGCUGUCCACGCCCCAACCCCGUACCCAGUUUUCGCUGCUGAACAGUCCAUGUCUGCUGUAUACACCCCAACCCCAUACCCAAUCAGCUGUCUUGAACUGGCGCUGCCGCUGGUGCACAACCCAACCCUGUACCCAGUGUUUGUGUUUGAACUGGCCCUGCCUGCUGUCCAUAUCCCAUCACUGUAUCCAGUUUAUGCUCUUGAACUGUCCCUGCAUACUGCCUAUACCCCAUCACUGUAUCCAGUUUAUGCUCUUGAACUGGCCCUGCAUGCUGUUGACACACCAACCUCAUACCCAAUUGUCGCUCUUGAACUGGCAAUGGCAGCUGUCUACACCCUAACCCCGUACCCACUGAGUGCACUUAAACUGGCCCUGUCUGCUGUCCAUACCCCAUCACUGUAUCCAGUUUAUGCUCUUGAACUGGCCCUAAAUGCUGUCCACAUGACAAUCUCGCACCCAAUUGUCGCUCUUGAACCAGCAAUGUCAGCUGUCUACACUCUAACCCCAAAUCCCCUGAGUGCACUUGAAAUUGCCCUGUCUGCUGUCCAGACCCCAUCACUGUAUCCAGUUUAUGCUCUUCAUCUGGCCCUGCCUGCUGUCCACAACCCAACCCUGUACCCUGUGAGCGCAUUUGAACUGGCCCUCCCUACUGUCCAUACUCCAUCAAUGUUUCCAGUUUCCGAACUACAACUGGGCAUACCUGCUGUCCAGACACCAACCCUGUACCCAGUUUUCACCCUUGAACCGACCCUGUCAGCUGUUACACACCCAAACCCCAUACCCAGUUAG